GGCUUCAAUGAUCGAGGGGCAGAAAGUAGCAAUGCUUUGGGCAGUCGCACUUUUCCUCAUCACAGCUUUCAUUCUCAAGCAAUGGCUCUCCAGCAAAUCUCUCAAUCUUCCGCCAGGCCCAAGAGGAUUGCCACUCAUCGGCCACUUCCAUCUCCUGGGCAGGCUCCCACACAUCUCACUCCAGCAGCUCUCCAAAAAAUUUGGCCCGCUCUUCCACUUACGCCUGGGAUCCGUCCCUGUGUUCGUGGUCGCCAGUCCAGCAAUGGCCAAGGAGUUUCUCAAGAACAACGACACGGAAUUCGCGUAUAGGCCUCGAAACAAUGUGGCCUCCAUUGUCAUGAAUUGCAGGAGCAUGUCUUUCUCGCCGUAUGGAGACUACUGGAAGAAGCUGAGGAAGCUCUGCGCCACGGAGCUCUUCACGGCUAAGAGGGUGAGCAUGAACACGCACAUCAUCCGGGACGAGCUGUGGGAGGUCAGUCGCGAGUUCUUGAGAGCUUCCAAGGCUGGCCACGUUGUGGGAGUGAGAUCACAUUUGAGGGCGCUCAGCUUCAACGUUAUGACUCGCAUCCUGAUGAAGAAGAUUUACUUUGGAUCCAAGGCCUCUAGCGAUCCCGCCAUUGCGAAGGAGGCCUCCAAUUUCAUAGCGAUGAUUGAUGAGAACCUCAAGGUGGCAGCAGCAUUCUCGAUCACUGACUAUUUCCCCUACUUGAGCUGGCUCGACUUGGUCGCCCGCCGUGCUAAGAUGGCCGGGGAUAAGAUGAAUGGCUUCUUGCAAAAGGUUUUGGAAGAGCAACGCCAGGGCGAGGUUCCCGAUUUCGUGGAGAUCACAAGGAAUCACAUUGGAAACGAUGUGGUCAAUCUCAGAGCUCUGCUCAUGGAUCUAUUGCUUGGUGGAUCUGAAACAUCAUCCACAGUGACCGAAUGGGCUCUAGCGGAACUUCUUCAUCAUCCAGAUUGGAUGGUCAAAGCCCAGCAAGAGAUCGAGAGCGUUGCUGGACACACACGCAUGGUCGAAGAGGGAGACAUAUCCAAGCUCGAGGUUUUGAAUGCCAUCAUCAAAGAAACGUUUCGUCUCCACCCUCCCGUUGCUUUGCUCGUACCACACGCAUCCAUUGAGGCCCAGAAAGUUGCCGGCUAUGACAUCCCCAAGAACGCAACGCUGCUUGUGAACGUCUAUGCAAUUGGAAGAGACCCUCAAGUCUGGAGUGAUCCUCUGGAGUUCCAACCUCAGAGAUUCAUUGGCAGCAACAUCGGUGUUAACGGCCAAGACUUUGAGCUACUUCCAUUCGGAUCUGGAAAGCGGUCUUGCCCAGGGCUUUCUCUGGGUCUUAGGAACGUCCAGCUUGUUCUUUCCAAUCUUCUUCAUGGAUUCGAGUGGGAGUUUCCUGGCAGUCCGAAAGAUCAACCCAUGGGUGAAGCUAUGGGUAUCGUAAACUUCAUGGCACACACUCUCAAAGCCAGGAUCACUCCCAGGCUCCACGAAAGUGCAUACAUCACUCUCCAGUCGACUGAAUAGAAAAUAUUUCGUUAUACAUUAAUGCGAUGAUGUUAGCAAUUUGAUCAUGUAAUAGUGAAUGUCUUUAAAACAUGGCACCUGUCUUUUGGUA